AUGGAUACUGAAGGAUUUACUCGGAGACUAAGCCCACUUCCGGCUUUCAACCGAGAAGAUGGCUCGGUCCGUCUUAUAAAUGACCGAGCAUCUGACACUUCCUCAGAUGAAUAUAUCGGUCCUUCUCAGCUUGAACAUGCUCCUGACGGUGAAAGCCGUGGAUAUUUUCGCGAACGUCGACCUAUGGUUCGAUAUCUGGGAGAGGUCAAUCUUGCAGAGCACCGAAGGAACCGGGAUGGCGGGCCAGAAACCUCUAGCAAGCCAGCCGUUGUUUGGUAUGCCAAGUUGUUUUCCAGAGAAAACGGACUCCCCUUUGGCCAGGACCUUCGGCAACCGGACUUGCUUAUAAUCGAUGACCGACCAAUUGAGCUAUGCGUGGGCGUGGCUCCACGCCAGCCGCAGAUUGACACAAAAGACACGAAAGAGCCCGCACUUAAAAUACCGUCGUGGGAAAAUCCAGUCUUCACGAUUGAGGUCUUUCUUGAGACAGACCUUUUGCAACGUGAGAUACGGGAAAUCAGACGGGACCCCAAUAUGGAGAAGUUGGCAUUGAAGCGUGUGUCAAGACGACAUUUGGUGGUGCAUUCUCCAUACCUAUUAUUGGCUCUCAGUGAAAUUGUUCAGUAUUAUCCCUCCUUCCACUCCAAAGGACAACGGAGCAUUGCAGAGCCCUAUGCUGUUCUGUUUCAUCAUUUUGAUGCCAUUGAAGCCCGGGCGGGCUCUUUUGUCUCGACUUCAAUGUGUCAAAAUACGCACGACGCCGAUACUCAGGAGGCCCAGCAGAUCCAAAAGCAUAUCCAAAAUCUGCUAGAUUUUUUGAGGCCCAUUCGUGAAAAUAAAAUACUUGAUUGUGAAAGAAAUUUAGCCGAGUCCACUCCACGCGUGACAUUUGACAUGAUCUGGUAUCUUUUGAAACCCGGAAUGGAUGUUUAUGUUCACAUCGACGGGUCUAUACAGGCAGCGGUGCUGACAGAUGUAAAGCGCGGUGGAGAGGAUUGGUCCUCUGUCUGGAAACCUGAGAAUGAUAAUUGGUGGCUGAUUGAGCUUUGGCGACUGGAGACGGAUGGCUUACGAAUUGCGCGACGUUCAACCAGUGCAAAUAUAGUCGCCUAUGCUGGGUUGCGAGAGGUUAUAAAUCUUGCGGUGUGUCCGGUCUCUAUUUGGGAUGCGCAUGACGGUGGUGAGCGACGCAGGGAGAUCCUGCGCCGCAAUGGAACCUUCUUCAAGGCGCUAUGUCAGGGAAAUCUCCUCGUGGACUACAACGGGCCCAUCAAAGGGACUAAUGAACAUUAUAAUGGAAAAUUGGUGAUAGACCAUCGAAGAGGACAGGAAGAUCAUAAUAACCAUCAUUCUGGCUUCCCACGGAUCCAAGACAAUUCCGAUCGCUUCAAGGCCUACGAUCAGAUAUUGAUCAAUAACGAUGCUUCCGGCAGCACCAACCAAGAAACUCAACGCCGGCUCUUCAGCAUGCUUGAGACAUACACAGCCCGCCCCGCUGAGAAUAACAGCACAGGUGCUCGCGUCGAGGACUGGAAGGACAAUGCUGUUGCUGUUGAUGAACUAACCGAGCACCAACUUCUACUGCUAUGCCCAGAGGCCUUGGCAUACGCCCUGAGAUAUAAACAAUGGAUCGUGAUAUCUCUCGAUCAUGUUCAAGAAUCUGUGCCAUCCGAUGAGAGUAUUCGCAACCUGGUCAUUAGCGAGGCCGAGUUGAAAACCAUCCAGGCUCUCUCCCAUCGCCAAAAUAGCAAAAUCAAGCACUGGUCAGCGGACUUCAUUGAAGGCAAGGGCUCAGGGCAGAUCAUUCUACUGCAUGGACCCCCAGGAGUCGGCAAGACUUACACAGUCGAGGCUAUAUCUGAGUGGCUGCACCGGCCGCUCCUCGCACUCACAGUCGCUGAUAUUGGCACAGUAGAAACUCUAGUCGAAGGCGAGCUAUUGAAGUGGUUUAGUCUUGCAGAAGCGUGGAAUGCAGUACUCCUCGUUGACGAGGCAGAUAUAUUCCUGGAACGACGACAGAACCGAGAUCUCGCUCGGAAUGGAUUAGUAUCCGCAUUCCUUCGCCGAAUGGAGUACUUUAAAGGUCUUCUGUUUCUAACCACCAACCGUGUCGGUCAAAUUGACGACGCUUUUAUUUCCCGCGUCCACAUAGCAAUAGGGUACCCUGCUCUCGACGAAGAUGGACGCCGCAAAGUGUGGAAUGGGUUUUUCCGGAAGCUUGUCCGUGACCGCGCGGGCAAGAUCCAGAUCGCACCAGACGCGAAGGCGUGGGUCCUCGAGACCACCGGCGAGACGCAACUCAACGGCCGAGAUAUUCGAAAUGCGCUGCAGACAGCGAUUACAUUGGCAGAGUUCGAAAGCCAGGAAGAUCCAGAUUAUGAUGAGUCCCUGGUGACUAUUGUCACCAAAGCACAUUUCCAGAAGGUGCUGGACAUGUGUAAUCGGUUCCGUACUUAUGUAACAAGUAUUAGGCGGGAGGAUGAAAAGAAGCGUGCCCAGGGACGGGGCGAUCGGAAUGAUUAUGGGCGCGGAACGCUAAAUGAAAUGGAUGGUCUGGUAGACCUUGCCAGAGCGAUUGGAAAGUAG